GGUGGACUAAGUUUGGCAUUAGAGAGAAGCGCAGGAGAUCGGUUGAUGGUUGGGGAGAAAUUGUACAUAGUGUACAUGCGCGACGUAUGUGGCGGACUGCAAGCGCCAGUGUGUGCUAUUACAGGCGCCCAAAGAGCACGAGAAGAUAGAAUUAUGGGUGGCGGUUUGAGGAUGGAGGAGGGCCGGGCCGAGGACCGGGUACCUAGCGUGUGUCAACUAUGGCGUCAGGCCACCGUCACCGGGCAUUUAUUGGGGAUGCAAGACAGGAGGAGGCUGCUGGACUCGGCGCCAUACACAUCGUCCCCGACGCCGGCGAGGGGGACGCGAGCGACGGUGAGCUCGUUGGGAGAUGGUGCUGUCGCAGAUGUCAAGGAUUGAAUGCAGGAUUGGUGCCGAAUUGAUGGAAGUGUGCACGGACGCGAGAUAUAGUAGACGGAUUCGGCGCGUGUCUACGAACCGGCGAGGCGAGGGGUAACCAGCUGCAGCUCAGCCUCAGCCUCAGCCUCAGCCGGCCCCAUUUCCCAAUCUUUUUUUUGGGCGAUUCUCGUCACUUCCCUCGCCGCCUUGUGGAUUCUUGUCUCCGGGCCUCCUUUCCCAACCUCCUCGAGCCCUCGCGCUACGACGCUGCGACCCCACGCCCUCUGGGGUGCCCCCCUCCUCUCCCACCCGUCGCGGUCUUAUCCCGAAUGCGCGAAGCCGAUCGUGUUCGCCAUCAUGUCAGCCUCCAUGAACGUGCUUCCCAACCGCCCCUCUUUGCUCCACCGUCGCGUAGCCACUCACAACCCCGCCGUCCCAGAACCACCUUCCGCCAACGACCUCGUCGCGCUGGCCCAGACGACCGUCCCCCCCCCCCACAGCCGGAGCCCUGCGCGGCAACCCCAAGCGUCCCUUCGUCCCGCUGCCGCCCAUCAUGGCGUCGCCCACGCUCACCCCGGAGGUCGCCCACGCCUCGACCAGCACGGCCAUGCUCGAGGCUGCCCCCCGCCAGCUCGUGCCCACCCCCGGCCACGCCAAUAUGAGCAGCACAAAUCUCGGCGGCAGUCCCGUCAUGACACCUCCCAGCGCAGCGGCCGCAUCCGGUGAGGACCAUGUCAGUCACCACCCCUCUCCCCCCAAUCCCACAUGGACGACCAGUCCGCCCACCCCGCCGCCCAAGCAGCCCCCGGCCCCACGCCUCGCACCUGCCACCCCCCUCUCUCCGACAUCCUCGUCCCCCCGCGCGGACGACCGGAGCGCGCACGGCCCUCGCCCGGCCUCGCUCCCGCCCUUCACCUCCUCACCGUCAGCGCAGGACCAGGUCCCCGCGUCUGCGACGUCGCCCGUGCUCGCUGCGCUCAGCAGCAACAGCUCGCGCGUCCGGGCCUCCACGCGCCGGAUGUCCCUCCCGGUCGACUUCGCAAAGCCCCUUCCGCCCCGACCGGCCUUGCGCGCGGACGGAGCGCCCAAGGAGCUGCCACCGCCACCUCAUACGAGCGAGAACACGCCGGUUUAUAGGGGCGAGGAAGAGGACGCGGACCCGUCGCUUCCUCCGAGCUUAACGCGGCGCGCGCUCGCUAGCCCAACGCGUGGGGUUUCACGCGCUCGGAUGGGCGCGAGUGAGACGGGCUUGAAGGGGGUGGGAAGGAAGCUGUUCGAUCUGGACUUGGGUAUGGACGAGGGGGACGUAUCGGACGAGGACGAGGCGGAGCACCUGCCCGGGGCGGUUAAGGAGGGGGAGGGGGAGGAGAAAAGGCCCGCGCGCGAGUCGGACAACAGGCCUCCAGAGCACGCAGACAUGCCCGACCAGGACCUGCAGCCUCGCGACACCGAACUCGGGCUAGAGCGUGAAGCGGAGAUGGGACGCGCACGGCAGAAGGAGCGGGCGGAGGGGCUCCGUCGCUAUCACGCCCUAAUGGAGCUCCUCACGACGGAGGUGGGCUACCUUCUCGACCUUCGCGCCCUGGUCACGGUUUACCUCGACCAGCUCCUGCUCCUCUCAACGCCCCCCACCACCCCGGGUUCGGCCGGUCCCUCCGCCUUCGCCCCUCCCCCUCCGCCCGCUUCCCAGCAAUGCCUGUCGCUGCCGGCGCCCAGCCGGUCGACGUCCACGUUCUCCGCCCUCUCGAUACCUUCCCUAUUCCCCAGCUCCAGGUCGUCCUUCCUCCAGCCAUCGCCCGCUCCUACACCGUCCGUCAGCGCUUCAGAUUACCUAUCCAACUCGACCUCGGACUGCAGCUCUGUCCAAGAACGCGAGCGACACACGUCUUGCCCACACCCUACGGCCGAUGCCGCGGCGAGAGAGCGCGACAAGGACAGCUCCAGUCGUCUGCUCACCCUCAGACCUGGCAAGUCCCGCUCCUUCGCGCCUCUCAUGCCGGAGAAGGACGCCCGCGCCGUCUGCAGGAACGCCCAGGAUCUGCUGAAGUACCACGAGCGCCUCGUCGAGGAGCUGCGCGACACGGUCAGCGUCACGACGUUCCGCGUAGCCUUUGCCCAAGGCGGCGAGAGCGGAGAGCAAAGAGCGGAGGACGUGGUGGCGGCAGAGGAGGAGGUAGAACGCGCGAUAGAGCUCGUUGCGGCCAAGUUCGUGGACGAGGCGUCCGCUUUCGGCAUCUACGAGACGUUCUGCCCUGGGCACAACGCCGCGGGGGACGUGGUGCGCCGGGCGCAGGAACGCGCGCCGGCUGCUUGGGACGCGUACGAGCACAAGUGUGCGGCGCUAUUGUCGAGUAUAUCGCCUGGCUCGCUCUCCGACGCCGUCGAGGAGGCUGACGUCUCCUCGCCUACGUCCCCGGUCUCGGAAGAGGACGCGAUGGAGUCGUUCUCCACCAAGACGAAGCGGCGGCAUUCGACCCCCAUCUCGUUUCCCACCGGAGCACUGGAUCUCGGUGCGCGAGGCCAGCUCCCCUUCCCUACCGCCGGUCCUGCCACUGCCGCCGUCCCCCUGCCGGCUCUGGAGAGGAGGGUGCGGUGGACGGGACGCAGGCUCAAGCUCACGGACUACCUCAUCAAGCCCGUGCAGAGGAUCUGCAAGUACCCGCUGCUGCUCGACCAGCUCAAGAAGCGCACGCUCCGGGACCCGGCCGAGGACGAGGACACCCCCACCGAAGCGACAACGACCUGGCACGGCUUGUCGGGCGACACGCUCCGGCGGGCGUUGGAGGCCAUGCGCGACGUGACGAGCCGCGUCAACCGCGCGAGCGAGAAGGAGGCGCACAACCUGCGCUCGGCCCUCAUCCACUCGCGACUGGCCUUUGCGAACCCGCCCCCGCCCCCGCCCCCCGCGUCUGCGGGCCCGUCUUCCUCGGGGUCUUCGGGACAGCCCUCCGCCGCAUCGACGCCCUCCUCUUCGGAGUACGCGCCUUCGCACGGCCACUCGAACUCGGCGUCCUCGGGCUCGGGUGCCUCUACCGCGCCAACCUUUUCCUGUUCCGUCUGCACGCCCACGGCGCCCCUGGUCCCUGUACAAGCACAAGCCUCCGCGCCGCGCGCGGCCUACCUGACGGCGGACUUUGUGUCUUCGCUGGGGCCGUGCUUGCUCGUGGGCGCGUUGGACGUCGUGCAGUACCCCGUGCAGCGCGCGAAGUACCUCGGCGCGUUCCUGUACGCGGGCGGGUACUGCAUCCUCGCGAAGAUCCCGAAGGGCGGCCGGGUGUACGAGCCGCGGCACUGGUUCGCGCUGAGCGAGGUCGAGGUGGUGGACAUCGAGGAGGACGAUCCGUCGUACCCGUACACCUUCCGGGUGAGCGCGUAUGGGCACCACCUGGAGCUCGCGGCGUCGUGCCCGCAAGAGAAGGCUAUUUGGAUGGCGGCGAUCAACGACGCGCUCGCGACGAAGCGCACUUGGGCGCGCGAGCCGUUCUCGAGCCUGCAGACGGACGAGAAGGUGCCGUCUGUGGUGUUGGUGGACGACGCGCCUCCGGAGCUGAAUCCCGAGUCGGCGCGCCGCUUGUCCACGAUCCAGUCCAACUCGGAGCUCGAGAAGGAGGGCGAGGUCGAGCACGAGAACGCGUCUUCGCUUCCGUCCCCGGCGAAGCUGAGGUGCUCGAAGACCAUGUUCAGGUUGGACGGCAUCCCGACGAAGCCCGAGCACCACUCCCAGGUGGCGACGUUCUCUGCCGCGCUCAGCAGGCGGUCGUCUACCGCCUCCGUCAAGGCGUUCUUCGCGCCGAUCGCGUUCGACUCGCGCAUCAGCCGUCCGACGGGCCAGAUCCGGAGCCAGGUCGAGGGCGGUCUGCACGACGUCUUCUCCGAGUCCUGCCUGGCGGCCCGUGCCCAGGCGCAGAUGCGCGGAGAGGACCUCUUCCAGGUGCGUGUCCCCGGGUCCGGGAAGAACAGGCAGCCGGCUGGCGUCACGCGUUCGAGCUCUGGCAUCAGCAUCGCCAGCUUGAGCUUCUCUGCGGCGAGGCGCAAGUACGACAAUGUAGUCGUCCACCGGAGGAAGGGCUUAAUCGACCUCGACUUGCCUGCCCCGCCCGUGGCGCCCUUGCCCACCGGUUACGCCACGAGUACAGUGGCAGAUGCUGGUGCACCUGCUGCAAAGCAAGAUUCCGGUGGCUUGUCCCUCCGGGCGAAGUCGCUAGCUGCGCGGCGGCACAAGAAACCGCCUAGUUCUAUCGCGCCCGCUAUAUACACCGCCAUCGCCCAGAUGAACGCUGAGCAGCAAGGCCAGCCGGCGGGGCCAUACAUACAGAGCCCUGAGCCGCUCUCGCUCGACUCCCCGCCUGACGCGUCGCGCUGCUCCUCUGCGUCCUCCGCCUUGCCAAGCCCGGUGGAGACGUCGCCCCUUCCCAUACCUACCCCUGGCAUAUCGCCCAACGGGACGGUGCGCGACACGGACCCCAGCCGCGGACGCGAGGGGGUGCCGAAACGCUCGCGCUUUGUGGUCUACAACGUACGCACGUUCUUCCAGACGCCGCGCUCCCUCUCGCGUUCGGCGUCGUCCUCGUCUGGUCGGACGUCGCCCAACCCUCCGGUCAUCGCGGACAGUCCGUCUUCGCCUGCUCAUACGUCGAGUGGCCUGAUGCAGUGGAUCAGGCGCGCUUCGCUGCGGGGCCGGGCAUCUGCGUCGUCGUCGUCGUCGUCUGCGAACUCGAUGAUAGACGUCCACAUGGGUCAUGAAGAGCUGCGGCGUCCGAUGCGUAGCAGGACGUCGAUGGAUAGCGUGGCCAUGCGCAGCCAAUAUCUGGACGUUCCUCAGCCACACGGCGCUCGCGUCUACGACUACUCCUCCAGUCCGAAGAGGCACAAGUCUCUCUUUGUCUCUUCGUCCCGUGCGAAGGAGAACGGGGUCGGCUUCCGGGACGACACGUUGAGCAGAAAGGACCCACAGGAUCCAACGACGGGCAGCACUGGCGGCCUCUCGGCGAGGAAGUCGCUGAGGAACAUACUCCUCUUCCAGCGUCGGACGGCCAUGACGCCUGUCAACCCCGCUCUCGGUCGGUGACCCCCACCCCCGUUUCGCAUACCUCAUCAUUUCCAUACUGCAUACCGUCGUUCCAUACAACAUCAUCUGCAUUCGAUCGUUCGAUCACACCCACACACGCACCUUGCCCUUCCCCAUGCUUCAGUCCCUAAUGACUGUUCGUGUAGAAACAUUCGAUUGCUUGCACGCCCAUGUAGACCUUCGCCCGUACUGUACGAAGUAACGAAGUCCCACGACCUUCUACCGCUGCAGUAUCUUAACAUCUUAAACUUAAACAUAUGUCUCUGUACCAUAUGCAUCGUACCUUCAUACAGUAGUCUCCCGGACCCGGAUUUAUUCACACACAUGCAUACAGC